AUGGGAGAGCGGGAGCUGGCUGGGUCCCUAGCAAGACAGGACCCUUGCGUCACCCAGACUAGGAGCAGCGGGGGAUUCUGGGAAAGAACUGCACAGGAGAUCCCAGGAGAGGAGGUCGUCCUCAGCUCAGAUGCUCAGCGCCAGCGUUUCAGGCAUUCCCGCUACCAGGAGGCCGAGGGACCCAGAGAGGUUUGCAGCAGACUCCACCAUCUUUGCCAUCAGUGGCUGAAGCCAGAGAGACACACCAAAGCUCAGAUCCUGGAUUUAGUGAUCCUGGAGCAGUUCCUGGCUGUCCUCCCUCCGGAGAUGGAAAAUUGGGUCAGGGAAUGUGGGGCAGAGACCAGUUCCCAGGCGGUGGCCCUGGCCGAAGGUUUCCUCCUGAGCCAGGCAGAGGAGAAAAAGCAGGCAGAGCAGGAGGUGAGAGAUUCAUCCAAGUAGAAGCUUAUUUUCAUGCAGUGUAAGACUAUCAGCCUGGAUUGGUUUGUGGUUUUUCACAAGAGCCCAGCACAAUGAAUGCUUUUUGUGGGGGAUGGGGAGGGAAAUGCAGCUUUUAAGAAGUUAAAACAAAACCACAGUAGAAAAUACAAUGUUUAGGUGGAAUGUGUCCUUCCUGCUUGUCUGUAUGGAGACACGAAUGUAUGGAGACAUGAAUAUUAAUUUAAAUGUAUGUGUAGAAACCCGCUUCCUUCACAAAAACAUCAUUUGCAUUUCCCGCUCCACCCACUAUGCGGCCCUCAGAAUGUUGCCCGGAUGGGAAUUCGGCCCCCACGCUGGAAAAACCUCCUUUCAUCUGCUCAGAACUCAGAACCUUGCCUUUUGCUUGCAUCCUUUUCUUUUCUGAUUUCUCUCCUCUCCCUCACCUGGGUCCCUUACAUCGCUUCCAGCCCCGGACGCUGCCAGCAGAAUCGGUCCCCGCUUCCUCCGAAUCCGAGAUGCCUCCGUCGGACUCCAGGCGGAGUCGGCCCUCCUGGGGGAACACGCAGGAGGGCGAAGGGAACCCCAGCUCCCCGGGUAAGAAUGGGCAGAGAAGAUUUCAGCUUCUGCCGGGUGUGCGUAGGAAUAUAAUAACAGUACAGUGGUACCUCGGGUUACAGACGCUUCAGAUUACAGACACUUCAGGUUAUAGACUCCGCUAACCCAGAAAUAGUACCUCGGGUUAAGAACUUUGCUUUAGGAUGAGAACAGAAAUUGUGCGGCGGCAGCGGGAGGCCCCAUUACCUAAAGUUCUUAACCUCAGGUUAAGAACAGUUUCAGGUUAAGAACGGACCUCUGGAACGAAUUAAGUUCUUAACCCGAGGUACCACUGUAUAAUCUGCCUUAUCCUGAUUCAGACCAUUGGGUCUAUCUUAGAUUAGUGUGUCCAACGCUGAUUGGCAUAUUUGAAUCCUGGUGUCUCCCAGAGUCCUAGCCUGAGACUCUAACCACUAUGACACACUGCUGUGCGUGUGCUCUCUCUCUCUCUCUCUCUCUCUCUCUCUCUCUCUCUCUCUCACACACACACACACACUCUGUCUCUCCUGAAACACUAAAAAAAAUGUUCCUAAAGCAAUGCAAUGCUUCCCAGCAUUAUUGUUGUUUAGUCGUUUAGUCAUGUCCGACUCUUUGUGACCCCAUGGACCAGAGCACGCCAGGCCCUCCUCUCUUCCACUGCCUCCCGCAGUUUGGUCAGACUCAUGUUGGUAGUUUCAAGAACACUGUCCCACCAUCUCGUCCUCUGUCGUCCCCUUCUCCUUGUGCCCUCCAUCUUUCCCAACAUCAGGGUCUUUCCCAGGGAGUCUUCUCUUCUCAUGAGGUGGCCAAAGUCUUGGAGCCUCAGCUUCAGGAUCUGUCCUUCCAGUGAGCACUCAGGGCUGAUUUCCUUCAGAAUGGAGAGGUUUGAUCUUCUUGCAGUCCAUGGGACUCUCAAGAGUCUCCUCCAGCACCAUAAUUCAAAAGCACCCAUUCUUUGGCGAUCAGCCUUCUUUAUGGUCCAGCUCUCACUUCCAUACAUUGUGUCAUUUCAGGUGCAGGCACGCCAGCGGCCAUGCAGACUGAGCCUUCUCCUCUUGCUGGUGGAGGGGCACCUGUGGCACCUGACCAGGUAGGUAGAAGUUUGGGGACAGACCGGGCGCCUCUAUCCCUGGGCUACUUGUCAAAGGACACACGGUGAGAGGCUGCGUGACACCCUUUGAGGGGCAAAGCUGACCUGCUCAGCCUCGCCCUCCCUGCCUGGGAUCCUUAGAAGGGGGAGCAGACUGAACGCAACACCUCUUAAUUGCCGCCAGGAUUAUUAUCGGUCAAAAUUGGUGGCGAGGGGGCGAUGAGAACAGCAGCCUCGAGAGAAAAUCUGGAGCAUCAUAUGCCUGGUUACCAAUAUGGUGGGAAAACAGACUUAAUGAUUUAGUUUCCAGUCUUGUAGACUGUUUCAGAGCGUUUCAGAGUGGUGUGCAACACGAUUAAAAUAAGUUGAAAUGCCAAAAAACGAAACAAAACACCAAACUAAAAACAAUAAAGCCAUUCCAACGUAGCACGGACAGCGAGCCCCUUCUGAAGUUGUCACAGGGUGACUGACGUGAUUUUUAUAUCUCCUCGCAGACCCAGAUAAGUAUGUGCCCUGGCGUGUAGCACUCUUUGCAACUGCUGCUAGGAAAAUUAGAGCAAAUUAUAUAGCCAAGGUAGCCACCAACUGUAAAGGAGAUGAAUUUAUUUGACCCUAUCUACAACAAGCUAUAUUCUUUCUUCAUCACCAAACUCCGAAUAUAAUUGCACACUGUAUUAAUUAACAUUAUUUUUUAAUAUAUUAGUGGCCAUGAGAUAAUUUUAGCUUAUAAAUUUUAUUGUUCAAUGUCUUAAUUUGUAUAUUAAGGUACUUUUAUAGCUCUGUUUAGAGUAGGUAAUGUCUUGAUAAUAUAAAUGUUGUAAGUUUUUUGUAUCAAUUCAGUAUAUUUUCUUUUAAUUGUUGAAUGAUUCUGUGUACAUUGCGGCAGCCUUUGGCUAUGUGCAAUAAAACUGACUGACUGACUGACUGGUGCUAAGCCCCGCCCACUGGCCUGUGGUUGGUGAGAGAUGCCAGGAUGUGGCUUACAAUAAUUGAUUAUAAUAGUUUGUUUAAUGAUGAGGAUCCGUUAUAUAGUCUGCAAGGAGAAACUGUUUUCUUCUUCUUCCCCUUCCAGGUUCCGGUGACGUUUGAGGAGGUGGCUGUGUAUUUCACAGAGGAGGAGUGGUCUCUGCUGGAUCCGGGCCAAAGAGCCCUGCAGUGGGAAGUCAUGGUGGAGAAUUAUGGGAUUCUGGCUUCUCUGGGUAAGGCUUAUUGAUUUAACAAAACCUAUAUACUGCUUGGUUGCAUUUUUUUUUUUUAAAAGAAGCAAACUUCUAAGCACACGAAAAUGAUAAAACAUUGAAAUUCUCAAGAAAAGCAACUAAAAGCAGGUAUUUAAAACAUUCAAAAGACGAUUAAGAGAUCAUUAAGAUGAUUAAGAGAUAAAACACAUGCCUAAACAAAAAUGCACUAAGCUGUCAAUUGGCAAGGAGUUCCACAUUAACAUUAAGUGCUGCCACAUUAACAGAUAGAUUUCUUACAUUGUUUUGAGUACAGUGGUACCUCGGGUUACAGACGCUUCAGGUUACACACUCCACUAAGCUGCCUUAUCCUGAUUCAGACCAUUGGGUCUAUCAUAGCUCAGUGUGUCCAAUGCCUAGAGUCCUUAUCUAGAGGUUCUGCACAGGAGUCACCUUAAACAGCAUCAGAGGCCUUUCACACUGCAUUUUCAGUUAAUGGCAAUCAGCAAAAUUAAUUUAAUAUUGGCCAGAUCUGCCUUACAUUCUGGCGUGAGCAGCAGCAGACGUUCCCUCAUUUAGAGGCUGCGUUUUUUCCUUCGAUCUUACUAGUUUUCUCUCCUUCCUCCAGCAGGAGAUGGGUGGAAGAACGGGAAUGAAGUAACACCGUGCACGGUCUCCUUGGAAAAAGCCAGACGUUCGGAGAAGGAAGAGCAGAAAAGGGAAACUGAGGCAGAAGAGAAGAGGGGAAAUCCCUUCCUCGCUUCCGACUUCCGCAAAAUCACAAUCCACGAAAAGACGGACGCCGAAAAGAAGCGGAUUGUGUGCGCCGUGUGUGGGAAAAGCUUCAGCCGCAAAUCGCACCUUAACGAACAUCAGAGAAUCCACACUGGGGAGAAACCCUACAAAUGCGCCGAGUGCGGCAAAAGCUUCCGCCGGAGCACAGACCUCUCUUCUCAUCAGAGAACCCACACGGAAGAGCAGCCGUUCAAAUGCUCCGAGUGCGGGAAGAGUUUCCGGGGGAGCUCGGACCUCCGGUCUCACAAGCGGAUCCACACCGGGGAGAAACCGUACGCCUGCUCUCUGUGCGGGAAGAGCUUCAGCCACAGCAUCAGCCUCAACUCUCAUCAGAGAAUCCACACAGGAGAGCAGCCGUUCAAGUGCUCCGUUUGCGGGAAAAGCUUCACGCGCAACACGGGCCUGACUCUGCACCACAGAAUCCACACCGGGGAGAAGCCGUACACUUGCUCCUUGUGCGGCAAGAGCUUCAGCCACAGCAAGAGCCACGCCAUCCACCUCAAAGUGCACGCAGGGGAGAAACCCUACACGUGCUCGGAGUGUGGGAAAAGCUUCAUCGGGAGUUCGUAUCUUAAGUCACAUCAGAGAAUCCACACAGGGGAGAAGCCCUAUACGUGCCCAGUAUGUGGGAAAAGCUUCAGGUGGAGUACAAACUUUAACGAACAUAAAAAAAUCCACACGGGGGAGAAUGUGGUGAAUCCUAGGAAUCCCUGGAUUGGAGAAAGUCCCCCUGGUAGGGCACAGAUCUUCAUAAUGGAGGAUUCACUCUAAGGCAGAGCUUUCCAAACUUUUCAAGUUGGGGACACACUUUUGAGACAUGCAUCAUUUUGCGACACUGCAGCCGACACACUUAGCGUAACACAACACACAGUUCGGAAAGCUCUGCUUUGAGGAGCAAGGAAGGCUGUAGACCAGGGGUCAGCAAACGUUUUCAGCAGGGGGCCAGUCCACUGUCCCUCAGACCAUGUCGGGGGCCAGACUAUAUUUUUUGGGGGGGGAGGAUGAACAAAUUCCUAUGCCCCACAAAUAACCCAGAGAUGCAUUUUAAAUAAAAGCACAUUCUACUCAUGUGCUGCGCCUGACCAUCUGCAGACUAAAGAAUGCAUCGGCCAGGCCUAGUUGCCUACCCAUGUUGCAAAGCUCAACCAACAGAGAAUCCUAAGCUCAAAAUGUAACAGAGACAACUGUUAUCACAAGAGGGAGAAUCAGUGAGUGUCAGGAGGAAACUGUGGUGGAAGACAACACUGGGAGCGGCCGCUGGGACCAUAUAACACCGGUCCUAAAAUAUCUACAUUGGCUCCCAGUACAUUUCUGAGCACAAUUCAAAGUGUUGGUGCUGACCUUUCAAGCCCUAAACGGCCUUGGCCCAGUGUACCUGAAGGAGCGUCUCUACCCCCAUUAUUCAGCCUGGACUCUGAGGUCCAGCUCCGAGGGCCUUCUGGCGGUUCCCUCCCUGCGAGAAGAGAGGUUACAGGGAACCAGACAGAGGGCCUUCUCGGUAGUGGCGCCCGCCCUGUGGAACGCCCUCCCACCAGAUGUCAAAGAGAAAAAUAACUACCAAACUUUUAGAAGACAUCUGAAGGCAGUCCUGUAUCAGGAAGAUUUCAAUAUCUGAUGUUUUGCUGUGACAACCCAGGAUUUACAGAAUGUUGAGGCACAUUCUUCGUAAAGAAACCAGAAUUUGAGCAGUCUGUACAAUCUGUCAACUGAGAGAGAAGUAACCCUGGUCUGUCUGAAGGCAGAUGCCGGUGUAUAUUUUUAUUUAUUUAUUUUGCUGGACUUUCCGACUCUCGAUUCCUGGUGCGCUUCAUUUUAACUCUCCACCCCGAGAGUUAUCUGUCCCAUGCCUGAUAGCAUCGUCUCGCUUGUGGCGUUCCAUUGUCUGUGUGUUGUGUUAAUAAAGAUUUCCCCUCUAACUUGGAUUGCAGCCUCUGUGUCUGUUUUGCAGGCAUUUGAAAAUAUUAGCGCUGCGAUAUAUUUUAUUGCGGCUUUCUUUUUUUAAAAAAAGAAACACCACAUUUUUAUUGCAUUUUCAUUAUACAGAAAUGUAAACUGAAUAGACGUAAGAGAAUACAAGCGUAAAAGCAGCAGAAGGGAAGGCAAUAUUAAAUCUCUAAAUUUCCAACUAAGCGUUAGGAAGAACUGCGCCCAACGGUUAGAGCUGUUGACAGUGGACCUCUCCCUCGGGAGGUGGUAGACUCCCCUUCCCUGUCCAGAUGCUAUAGCUGAGAUUCCGGCAUUACACGGGGUUGGAUUAGAUGACCCUGGUGCCCCUUCCAACUCUACAACUACGGAUUCAUAUAGCAUACAGUGGUAUGUUGGUUUUUGAACGUAAUCCGUUCCGGAAGACUGUUCGACUUCCGAAACGUUUGAAAACCAAGGCACAAAGGGUGGCCUGCAAAUUUAACUGAGAAAAUGGAAAAAUAGCAGAAGCCGUUCAACUUCGGAGGUGCGUCUGAAAAUGGAAGCAUUUACCGUAUUUUUCUGUCUAUAAGAUGCCCCCAUGUAUAAGACUAUUUUGGAGGACUCCGAUUUAAGAAAAUGGGGGGAGAUGGUCCCCAUGUAUAAGACGCCCCCAAAUUUUGGACAUUAUUUUUUAGGAAAAAAUCCUAGUCUUAUACACGGAAAAAUACGGUACUUAUGGGUUUUUAGCGUUUGAAAACCAAAAUGUUCAGCUUCUGAGAUUUUCGAAAAACUAUACAGUGGUACCUCAGGUUAACAACUUAAUUCGUUCUGGAGGGCCAUUCUUAACCUGAAACUGUUCUUAACCUGAGGUACCACUUUAGCUAAUGGGGCCCCCGCGCUACCACCGCAUGAUUUCUGUUCUCAUCCUGAAGCAAAGUUCUUAACCCGAGGUAAUAUUUCUGGGUUAGUGGAGUCUGUAACCUGAAGCGUCUGUAACCUGAAGUGUCUGUAACCCGAUGUACCACUGUAUUAAUAAGAUCAUAAAACAACAGUAUCCUGUCAGUAUCCUUCCUGACAGUAAGAUAAUAAUGAUAAUAAUAAUAAUAAUAAUUCCCAAAAGAAUAUUAAAAACAUGAUAAAACAUCAACAUUAAGAGCUGUUCGACAAUGGAACGGUCUCCCUCAGGAAAUGAUGGGCUCUCCUUCCUUGGAAGUUUCUAAGCAGAGGUUGGCUGGCCAUCUGCCAUAUAUGCUUUGGCUGAGAUUCCUGCAUUUCAGAGGGUUGGACUGGAUGACCCUCCGGUGUCCCAACUCAUUCGAUUCUAUGCAGCUAAGCAGAAACAUGAAGAGAAGCAGAAACCCGGAAACAGGUGAGAAACCAGCCAAUUUCAUUUCUGUUUGGGGCUAUGCCUCUGCUUGCUUUAGCCUGCAGCUCUUCCAAACCCCAACCCCACCCCAGCUGCGCAGCUCUUUAUUCCUCGCCAAAGCCACUCUCCUUGCCAAAAACCCCUCCGGUUGCCAAACCUCAGCAGGUUACCUGGGUCACCCACUUGUCUCUUCCUCACCCUCGGGUGCUGGUUCCCUCGCCCGGCCUUAGCUUGGGUGUGCAUGUACACUCCUGUCCGCCUGAUGACAGAUAACUACAAAUAAAAUAGGGAGAGAAGAGCAGAGAGGCGAUAAUCCUCUUUCUCCCUGCUUGUUGAUUAAUCCUAGAAUUGUAGAAGGGACCCUGAGGGUCAUCUAGUUCAACCCCAGAUAAGAGAAGAGAACAACAACAAGAAAGCCUAGCAAUUUUUUAAUUAUUAUUAGAACCAAGCAGAACAGCAACGGAGAAAGUUGUCUUUUACUAUGUCGGGCUAUUGCUCCAUUAAGUUUAGUAUUGUCUCCGCUGACUGGCAGAGACUGCCCAGGGUUUCAGGCAGAAAAUAUCUCUGGAGUUGGUGCUGGGGAAUGAACGUGAGAGGCCCCCUGCAUUCAAAGUACAUUCUCUUCCCUCGAACUGUAGUUUCCCCUCACUUUAAAGGUAAAUUCAGACUCCAGUCUUCCUCAUUCUAAACACAGACACAUAAAACGUAGAGGACCCCUGGACAGCUAGGUCCAGUCAAAGGCGUCUAUGGGGUUACGGCGCUCAUCUCGCUUUCAGGCCGAGGGAGCCAGUGUUUGUCCACAAACAGCUUUCUGGGUUAUGUGGCCAGCAGGACUGAACCACUUCUGGUGCAACGGGACACCAUGACGGAAACCAGAGCACACAGAAACGCCGUUUACCUUCCCGCCGGAGUGGUACCUAUUUAUCUACUUGCACUGAUGUGCUUUCAAACUGCUAGGUUGGCAGGAGCUGGGACAGAGCAACGGGAGCUCACUCCAUCGUGGGGAUUCGAACUGCUGACCUUCUGAUCGGCAAGCCCAAGAGGCUCAGUGGUUUAGACCACAGCGCCACCCACAUAGGCAUCCAUGUUGUCUGCUUCUGCUGCACUUUGGACUGGAUUUUCCUGCAGUCUGGUGUGCUCUCCAGAUAAUAUGAAUUAUGACUCCCUUUCCCCACAACACAGGACAACAACCUCUUCAAAACCCUUUGUGCCUUUGCAGCUCCCACGGUCCUCUGGGGGAAGCCAAGGCUCCCCAUGGCUGCCCUUGCAUACCCUCCAAAUAAAAACAACAACAACAUUUAUACCUUGCUCAUCUGCCUGGGUUGCCCCAGUCACUCUGGGUGGCUUCUAACAUGUCUAAAAGCACAAUAAAACAUUAUACAUUUUUUUAAAAAGCUUUGCCUUCAGAUGUCUAGAAGGCAUAGGUACAGUUACUUGUCUCCUUGAGACAAGUUUGGACAUACAAAAUUUCACUUGUUUCGGUGUGUGUUUUUUGCUUUUUUGCUGCAAAAUCACUUUGAGAUAAAAGAAUGGAAAGGGUUUGUUGAAUAUUUACAGAUAAAUUGUAAACAGAUAAAAACCUUAGCAGGAUGAGCAGGAUGAGUGUAAUAACCUGCAGUUUCCUAAGAGUAUAUAUUUACAGUAGAUAAUUAAAUGAGGAAAUUAAAUGAACUUGGAUAUGCGGAAGAUAUUAAGAAAUAAAUUUAGGGGACCGCAGAAGGAGGGAGGAGGAAGUCAAAUUUUGAAAUGUCAAAUGGAUUGUAAAACUAAUGAAAUGUAUAAAUUUGAAAAGUAGCUUUUUAAAAAAAAAUUUACUUUUUUUGGAGUGGAAGCAAUUCAUAAAUGAGAUUAAACUGAUUGCUCAAAGAGAGGGAUCCAGCCUAAGGGUUAAGGGGAAGAGUGUCUGGGUUCCUAGAGAGCCCUGGAAGGAGGCUCUGGAAGGGUCACAUCCUGCCCCGCCUCCUUCUAAAGAUGCUUUGAUUAUUAUUAUUUGCAGGUCCCCCCCAGAUGCUGCCCAGAUGGUCUCCACCUCCUGCCCUCUCCAUCCAGGGAUCCGGUGAGUCCAAAGUGCAUUUGGGGGGGUGCGCUGGGGCGCUGAUGGAGGAGAAGCCCAAGGCAGAACAAAAUUGGGGAGCGGGCAUUGGAAGAAGAGCCAGAGAGGGCAAGGGAGACAAAAGGCCGGCUGGUUGGAAAUGGAAGUGCCUUAGCUGGCUUGGUCGAGCAGAAAGCCCCGGGGUUCAGACCCCAACAUCUCUGUCUGAAACUCUGGAGGGCAGCUGCCAGUCCGUGUGGGCAAUGCCAAGCUAGGUGGAUCAGUGGUCUGCCUCCGAUGCAGGGCAGGUGGCCAGGCUGCUCCGAAUAAAGCAUUUUCCUGUGUUCCUAUUUAACUGGAGGGCUGUAGUAAACUGCGGUGGUAAACGCUUUUAAAAAAAAAAUCUUUAUUGAGAAUUUUAAAAGUACAUCAGUAUAUGUGCACUAAACACGGUGAGACGUAAAUAAAAGAGAGAAAGAGAAGAAGAGAAACAGAAGGGGAAACAAAGAGGGGAGAGGGAAAACCCCCAGAACUGUAUACUUUGCAAAGUUGUUAUUGUGCUUCACCAGAUCUAAACCUAUGACAGUAUUUGUAAGAAUGGAUUCCAAAUGUCAUUGUAUUUGUCUAUGACAAGUCUGUGUUUGUAUGCAAGUUGUUUGUAUGCUGCGAGUUAGUAUAAGUCUUCAAUCCAAUCAUAGAAGGGAGCCACAUUUUAAUUCCCCCCCCCCCCCAAUUCAUCAGUAUCAGUCUUUUUGCUGUGGUCAGGGCACGGAGAUUCCACUCGUAUCGCCCUUUCAUAAGGUUCCAUGUGCUGGGUAUGUAAUUCAAGAAGGUGUGUCCGCCCUUAUAUAGACAUUUUAAAUUGCCCGCCUUGGAGUCCGAGAGCACCCCAGACACAGCAUACCUACAUCACAGAAAGGGGUGUAGCUCAAGAGAAAACUGAGUGCGUUGUUUAUCUCCUGUCAUUGUUUUUCUCCUGUCUGGCAGGUUACCUGUUAAUGCUUACUUGAUUGGAUACCCUGCGGAGCCUGGCCAGUCUUUUGUAAUGAUAACUACUUAGUUCCUGAGCCAGGUCACAGGCUCACCCUAUUCAUAAACAGACAUACCCUUAAGACAGGAUUUGUGAAUGAAAAGACAAUGGGGAGGCUUUUCCAUUUUCCUUUGACCUUGCAGAGUAAACAUUUGAUCAGUCUGGGAGCCAAAAUGGCUCCAGGACUGCUUUCCUGUGCUGCUUCAGACAUCUGGUUUAUAUAUUUAUGUAUGUGUUUGCUUGGUACAUUUAUGAACAUUUAUUAUAUAUAUAAGACCUUCAUUUAUUUAUUUCAAUUGUUUGCAGGAAGAAGCCUCGUUCUCAACGCUGACCUGCUGAUGCUUUCUGACUUCUGGGAGGGGGGCCAGCGGUGUUUGCAACUGUUGUGCUGCAAAAAGUCUGGCCUAUCUUUGCCCAAUUUGUCCCCCUUACCCCCAAAUCCCAAUGGUUAGGAGGAAGAUGGUGGCCGGUCAAUGAGGCUUUUCGAGCCCUGCUGGGGGUCCGAGGAGAAGCGCAGCCUGAAGAUGGAAGGGAGAGACACGGAUGCCCCAAAAACAGGAAGAGCCCCCCAAAAUGUCGAGACUGUGAGCAGCAGGGGGUUCUGGGAAAGGGUGGUGCAGAAGGACCGGGGCAUCCAUAGGCCACAUGCCGAGUGCCAACGCUUCAGGGGGGUCGGCUACUGGGAUGACCAGGGACCCCGAGAGGUUUGCAGCCGACUCCACCAUCUCUGCCGUCAGUGGCUGAAGCCGGAGAGACACACCAAGGCUCAGAUCCUGGAUUUAGUGAUCCUGGAGCAGUUCCUGGCUGUCCUCCCCCAGGAGAUGGAGAACUGGGUCAGGGAAUGUGGAGCAGAGACCAGUUCCCAGGCGGUGGCCCUGGCCGAAGGUUUCCUCCUGAGUCAGGCAGAGGAGAAGAAGCAGGAGGAGGAGCAGGUGAGAGAGAGUUUUGUCCUGGUGCUUCCAAGGUGCUCAGAGCGUCCAGUUUUAGUAAGGGGCAAAAUCAGACACAAAGCAAUUUUUUAAAAAACCAAGACUCCUUGUGCUGUUGUAAACAAAAAUCUGCCCUUUUCCCCCUAUGGGGUAUCCAAGAGCCCAUAUAGAGUCCUUACAUAGGUUCCCUAUUGGUAGGAGAGAAUAACAGAGGCCAACCAGAGAAUAUUGAGAAGCAAAGCAGCUAGUAAGCUUGAUCUUUAUUGAUCUGUUGCAACGGGGUGCUCCCAUCACCCGCAGGAAAGGAGGAGGAACCCAGAAAAAUGGCGCGCAAGGCCUUAUAUGGACUUUUGAAAUUGCCACCCUGUAGAUCAAGACCACCCCCAGAAACAUCAUACCGACAUCACAGAAAAAGCGGUCUAAAACAGAAAUUUGAAUGUUGUUUUUCUCCUGUCGUUGUUUAUCUCCUGUCUGGAGUAUAGCAUCUAGAUCAAGGGAAGUAAUAGUGCCACUGUAUUCUGCUCUGGUCAGACCUCACCUGGAGUACUGUGUCCAGUUCUGGGCACCACAGUUCAAGAAGGACACUGACAAACUGGAACGUGUCCAGAGGAGGGCAACCAAAAUGGUCAAAGGCCUGGAAACGAUGCCUUCUGAGGAACGGCUAAGAGAGCUGGGCAUGUUUAGCCUGGAGAAGAGGAGGUUAAGGGGUGAUAUGAUAGCCAUGUUCAAAUAUAUAAAAGGAUGUCACAUAGAGGAGGGAGAAAGGUUGUUUUCUGCUGCUCCAGAGAAGCGGACACGGAGCAAUGGAUCCAAACUACAAGAAAGAAGAUUCCACCUCAACAUUAGGAAGAACUUCCUGACAGUAAGAGCUGUUCGACAGUGGAAUUUGCUGCCAAGGAGUGUGGUGGAGUCUCCUUCUUUGAAGGUCUUUAAGCAGAGGCUUGACAACCAUAUGUCAGGAGUGCUCUGAUGGUGUUUCCUGCUUGGCAGGGGGUUGGACUCGAUGGCCCUUGGGGUCUCUUCCAACUCUAUGAUUCUAGGUUACCUAUUAAUGGUCACUUGAUUGGAUUGCCUGGGGAGCCUGGCCAGUCUUUUGUAAUGAUAAAUACUUAGUUCCUGGGCCAUGUCUCAGGCUCACACCCUAUUCAAACACAGACAUACCCUUAAGACAGGAUUUGUGAAGGAAAAGACAAUAGGGAGGCUUUUCCAUUUUCCUUUGACCUUGCAAAGAAAACAUUGGGACAGUCUGGGAAUCAAAAAUUGUUCCAGGUCGGUCUUCCUGUGCUGAUCUAUGUACGUGCUUGGUUGGUACACUUAAGAACAUUUAACAUAUAUCUAAGACCUCAAAAUUGAUAAUGUAUUGGCAAUAUUUAUGAAACACUCUCAAUUGUUUCUGAAUUCAUAAACAGCAACAAACAGCAAAAAGUGUAGUAGGCUGAUUUUGAGUGACAGCUGAUCCAUGAUCACUUUACAUACCUUUGGGGACUAUUAACUUGCUGAUGAAGAAAUAUUGUUGAAAUAGUUCAUUAUCCCGGAAGAACUGUUCUGUUUGCUGUUUGUUGCUGCUGUGCUCACAGCACCACCCGGCUCCAGUUCAUUCUCAACCAAACAAUAUAGAUAUAAACUGUGGAAAGGCUUUCUGCCUCAACUUCAGUGUUUCUUUGUGGUUCCCCACCAUUCUAAGCAUUCCUGUUGAUGGAAUAUUUAUUUGACUUCUAUCCGUUUCUAUUAGUUUGUGACUUCUUGCGCGUAUUAUAUGGCUUUUGUUUAUGGAUCAAGAAACAAUUGAUAGUUACAGGUAGGUAGCCGUGUUGGUCUGCCGUAGUCGAAACAAAAUAAAAAAACAAAAUUCUGAAGUGUGCAUGCACACGAAAGCUCAUACCAAUAACAAACUUAGUUGGUCUCUAAGCUGCUACUUGGACACGGGUGGCGCUGUGGGUUAAACCACAGAGCCUAGGACUUGCCAUUCAGAAGGUCGGCGGUUCGAAUCCCCGCUACGGGGUGAGCUCCCGUUGCUCGGUCCCUGCUCCUGCCAACCUAGCAGUUCAAAAGCACGUCAAAGUGCAAGUAGAUAAAUAGGUACCGCUCUGGUGGGAAGGUAAAUGGCGUUUCUGUGCGCUGCUCUGGUUUGCCAGAAGCGGCUUAGUCAUGCUGGCCACAUGACCCGGAAGCUGUACACCGGCUCCCUCGGCCAAUAAAGCGAGAGGAGCGCCGCAACCCCAGAGUCAGCCACGACUGGACCUAAUGGUCAGGGGUCCCUUUACCUUUACCUUAUGGUGCUACUGGAAGAAACAAUUGAUAGUGUUUCAUAAAUAUUGCCAAUACAUUAUUAGCCCACAUGCUGCCUUUUGUAGAUCAGAUUGCCCCUCAGAGCUGGCAUCACGUGGAGCUGGUCCUCAGUGGUGGUGGCCUCUCCUCCUCGCCCGCUCUCUAGCAACUGCUCCGAGGAGGCUGGCAGCAGAGGCCACGGAGAGGCGAUGGGACGCUUGCCGCUUGGGACAAGCGCCCGCUCAUUCUCCUCCCUGAGCUUGGAGGCAGCGGCACUGGCGGGGGAAUAGGGACAUUCCAAGAUCAAAUCCGGACACGGGAUGGAUUUCAUAAUCCUGGGACUGUCCCUGUAAAAUCAGGGCACUUGAGGGUAUGAGAAAGCACCUAAGGAGGGGCGUGGCCUGGAGAGAAUGUCGGGGAGGGGGCAUGACCUGGAGAGAAGGUUGGGAGGGGGCGUGGCCUGGGGAGCAGGUUGGGAGGGGCGUGGCCUGGGGAGAAGGUUGGGAAGGGGGCGUGGCCUGGAGAGAAGGUUGGGAGGGGCGUGGCCUGGAGAGAAUGUCGGGGAGGGGGCGUGACCUGGAGAGAAGGUUGGGAGGGGGCGUGGCCUGGGGAGGUUGGGAGGGGGCGUGGCCUGGAGAGAAUGUCGGGGGCGUGGCCUGUGGAAGAGUCUGGCUGGGAUUCAUGGGAUUCAUGCCAGCUCCCUGUCCUGAGAUUCCCCCUCACCCUUAUCUUAUGGGUUUCUCACUGCUGUUUUACGCAAAGGCCCUGUUAGGAGAAGUCGCUGCUGAGUUCCUCAAGGCAGAGGAGACAUCGCCAGAGGAUGCCAAGCGGAGGCUGUUGUUCAGGUGGAUGGUGCAGGAGGGCGAUGGAGGGGCUGCCAUGCCAGGUGAGGGCGGGAGCAGAUAUUUUGCCACUUGGCCUCCCUCUGCUGGCUGGGCUCAAAAUCCCCCCAGGGGCUGUUUUUACAUUCCCCUUCAACACUACAUGAGGGACGAAAAGUGUUAAUGGCUAGGAAAGCACCAAAAAGAGGUGGUGGUGGAUUCGAAUCCCGCCCUGAAGCCCAUCUCCAUGACAGGCUUUGCGAACCUGGGGCUCUCUGGAUGUCGUUGGACAACUCUCAUCAUCUGUAUUGCUGUAAGGAGUAGAAUCAUAAAAGCCAACCCUUAGGGGCCGAGAUCCCCUUGCCCACCUCCACCCCCAAAAAAAUAUUUGAGGGGGCUGGGCCCCCCUCAAGUUGCCAGACAUUGCUGUUCAAAUGGUGCGUGAUCUCUGCUUCUUGUGAUUGAUUAUGGGGGACAGAGCUUAUCUGACCCCCCCAUAUUUUAUUAGUUGGCACCCCUGAGUGGAAUUUGCAUGCUUCAUCCUAGUGGAAACUUAAAAAGCAGUUGCACUGUAAAUUUGCUUUCACAGCCAGUGGCAUAGAUAGCUGCUUGGGUGCCCGGGGCAGCGUCCUGCAGCCAGGGGUGAGGAGAGCUGUCCACAGGGGCGGGGCAAGUCAAGGAAGGGCACGCUGCGUGGAGCCUCUCCACAGCCUCCCCCUCAGCUGUAGGGCGGCUGAGGCGGUGGGCAGACGCAAGCCCCACACUGCUCGAAAAAGCAGCACGGAGCUUGCAGGCAUUCUGCCCACUGCCACCCCCUCAGGAGACGUGUGGCUCAGGCACGCUGCAGGCCCCGUAGUGUGGCACCCAGUACUCCCUGCCUCACCUAGCUACCAGUGGCGUAGGAAGGGGGGGUGCGGUGGGUGCAGGAGUUAUUUUUUCAAAAAAAAAAGUCGUGAGCCAAGUUUUUAUUUAUUUAUUUUAAAACUCAUAUUUUUGCCAUUUUGUCACCCGCCUCAGUGAUGACACCUGGGGCAGCCCGUACCCAACGCACCCCCCCUUCCUUCGUCACUGUCCACAGCAGUGUAAUCUGUCAAAACCAAAUUGUGCCCAAGAAACAAAAAGUGUCGGCCAGCGAGCCCUGGGGAUUAUCUAAUGCUUAUUUCCCCUAAAUUGAUUUUUGAAUUUAUUGUUAUCCAUGUUUUUAUACUGUAUUUUAUGCUGCUUUUAUAAUUAAGUGUUUUAAAUUUGUUGUUAGCUGCCCUGAGCCCGGUAUUUGAACUGGGAAGGGCGGGUAUAAAAUAAAAAAUUAUUAUUAUUAUUAUUAUUAUUAUUAUUGUUUUGCAAGUCGCCGAGAUGCAUAAACGCUUAGCAAGGAUUUCAACCACAUUUGUGUGAAUUGCAGGUGGCGGAAAGUUGCCAGGAACGGCUACGGAAUCGUCUCCUCUCUGUGGUGGAUCAGAAGCGGCCUCUUUGCAGCUGGAUCCGGUAAAGGAUGGAUCGCUGGACAUAUCAAAUCGACUGGCUCCAUCCCCUCCCCCUCCCCUGCAGGCUGAAGAGAAUCUCCCUCUUUUCCUUUGCUUGUGUCAAAGCGCCACAUGGGGGAAAUCCUCUGUAGGCCCCUCCGUGGAGGUGGGAUGACAGAAUCAUAGAGUUGGAAGAGACCAUCUAGUAGUCCAACCCCUUGAGGAGGAGCUGUUUUUUAUCGUCUCCUUUCCCUUCCAGGUUCCGGUGACGUUUGAGGAGGUGGCUGUGUAUUUCACGGAGGAGGAAUGGGCCUUGUUGGAUCCGGGCCAAAGAGCCCUGCACUGGGAAGUCAUGGUGGAGAAUUAUCGGAAUCUGGCCUCUCUGGGUAAGGCUCCUUCUUUCCCUUUGGUUGAUGAAGUCAGUUUCGAAAGCCUUGAUAGAUAGAUAGCAUCCUUGGACUCAAGCCUAGGUCCUUUGUGAACCUGCCAAGAGAAAUCCCAUCACAGAGCACUUUUGUGUAUGGAACGGAUGGAGAAUCUGAAGCUCGGGGGCAAAAUCUGGUCCUCCAAGCCUCUCUAUCUGGCCCCCUCUUUCUCUAGGCCACAAGGCCUUCUCAUGGACCCACAAAACACCUGAGCCCUCCCCUUCCCUUGCUGCCCCUCGCUUGGUCCUUAGGUGCUAAAAGCAGGUCCCCUUUUCUUUUCUGAAAAGUACAUUCAACUGGAAGAGGAAGUCAGAAGUACGACGCUCUGCCCCACUUCCUUUCGGAGCUCUAUGUGCUUUUCGAGGCUCAGGUCAAUUUCACUGGAUCUGAGUUUUACCACAUCAUUUGGGAAGGUGAAGCAUGUGUGCCCACACUUUCUUGGUUUCUCCCUCUCCUGGGGGAGGUGGGAGAAAAGUGGCCGGAGGGAUUGGAGCCCAGAGCACUCAUUCAGAAAUCCAAAUGGGCCUCAAAAGAUUGGCAGAUAAUUGGGUUUGGCUCCUAGUUUGAUGAUCCAUUUCUCCAUCAGGAGAAAUGUACUUUUUAGUAUGUUUCUGAGCACAAUUCAAAGGGUUGGUGCUGACCUUUAAAGCCCUAAAUGGCCAGUAUACCUGAAGGAGCGUCUCCACCCACAUUGUUCUACCCGAACACUGAGGUCCAGCACCGAGGGCCUUCUGGCGGUUCCCUCACUGCAAGAGGCCAAGUUACAGGGAACCAGGCAGAGGGCCUUCUCGGUGGUGGCACCCACCCUGUGGAACACCCUCCCAUCGGAUGUCAAGGAGACAUCUGAAGGCAGCCCUGUUUAGGGAAGUUUUUAAUGUUUGAUGUUUUAAUUGUAUUUUUAAUAUUCUGUUGGGAGCCGCCCAGAGGUGCUGGGGAAAUUCAGCCAGAUAGGCAGGGUAUAAAUAAUAAAUUAUUAUUAUUACCUUACCAGUGUUCUCCCUUUAAUCCAGCAGAUGACGCCUGGGUCAGCUGGAACGAGGGAAAGCCUCAUGGAGCAUCCUUUAAAAGGGCCCGAUGUACAGAGGGGGAGGUAUAUAGAAGGACAACGGAGAGCAAAGCAAAAGAGAUAAGGAGGAACAAAUCUUCUGCUUUUGAAGGGAUGUUUUCCCCUGAAAUAACAAUUCAAGGGGAAAUGAGCCAUGUCAAAACGUCAUUUCCGGAACCCGACUUUGACGAGGCAGAAACCCAAGAGGAAAGGAGUGAAGGCAAGAAAAAGAUUGAGUGUGAGGUGUGUGGGAAAAGCAUUAGUAAAUCGCACCUUAACGAACACAAACGAACCCACACAGGGGAGAAACCGUUUCAAUGCUCGGAGUGCGGGAAGAGCUUCAGUCGGCGGGAACACCUUACUUCUCAUCAGAGAACCCACACAGAGGAGAAGCCUUACACGUGCUUGCAGUGUGGGAAAAAUUUCAAACACAGGAAAAACAUGACAUCCCAUCAAAUUAUACACAGUAGGGGGCUAACUUGCAACUCCUCGGAGUGUGGAAAUUGCCUCAGUCCCAGCCUUACUUUGCAGCACCACGCUCUGGAGAAACCAUUUAGAUGUUCAGAGUGUGGCAAGAGCUUCAGUCGGAGCACAGACCUGAGGUCACAUCAGAGAAUCCACACAGGGGAGAAACCGUACUUGUGUUCACUGUGUGGAAAGAGCUUUACCCACAGCCGGAGCCUGAGCUCCCAUAAAGUCACGCACACAGAGGAAAGACCAUUCGAGUGCUCGGAGUGUGGCAAGAGCUUCAGUCGGAACACCAGCCUUACUAUUCACCAGAGAAUCCACACAGGGGAGAAACCGUAUACGUGUUCCCUGUGCGGGAAGAGUUUCAGUCACCGAAGAAGCCAUGCUAUUCACCUAAAAGUGCAUGCAGGGGAGAAACCUUUUACAUGCUCAGACUGUGGGAAAAGCUUCAUCGGGAUUUCGUACCUCAAGACACAUCAGAGAAUCCACACUGGGGAGAAGCCAUAUACAUGCCCAGUGUGUGGGAAGAGCUUCCGGUGGAGCACACACUUCAAAGAGCACAAAAAAAUCCACGUGGAGGAGACUCUGGCGAAUCCUAGAAAUGCCUGGAUUGUGGAGAAAACUCCCAAGAGAGCACAGAUGGUCGUGUCAGGGGAUUCACUCCCAGGAGAAAGGAGAUAUACAUAG